AGCUGGCUGGUUCUUGGAACAAACAGUGGGUUUGAGUGGGAGGUUUGGGAUGGUCCCGCAGGACUACCUGCAUUGGAUCACGUGCUGCUCUUCCCUUAUGGUGACUACAGACAUUAAGCAAACAUCUGCGCUUAUAUUCUGGUAAUUAGGAGCCCUUCGCUCGCGCGUCCCCGAGGGCGCAUGCUCAGUCGCCGGGUCACGUGACGCAUGUCAUGGCCGCCUCCAUUGCCCGGGGCGGCGUGAAAGCCAGGUUUCUGCAGGCUGCCAGAGGCACCUGGUGGAAUAGACCUGGGGGCACUUCGGGGUCCGGGGAUGCGGUGGCGCCGGCAAUAACCAGAAAGUUUCAGACGACAGGCUCGCGCCCAGCGGGAGAAGAGGCGGGUGGCCCCGAGCGGCCCGGGGACGUGGUGAACGUGGUGUUCGUAGACCGCUCAGGCCAGCGAAUCCCAGUGAGCGGCAGAGUCGGGGACAAUGUUCUCCACCUCGCCCAGCGCCACGGCGUGGACCUGGAAGGGGCCUGUGAAGCGUCCCUGGCUUGCUCCACCUGCCAUGUGUAUGUGAGUGAAGACCACCUGGAUCUCCUGCCUCCUCCUGAGGAGAGGGAAGACGACAUGCUAGACAUGGCCCCCCUCCUCCAGGAGAACUCACGGCUGGGCUGCCAGAUCGUGCUGACGAGGGAGCUGGAAGGAGCGGAAUUCACCCUGCCCAAGAUCACCAGGAACUUCUACGUGGACGGCCAUGUCCCCAAGCCGCACUGACAUGGGUGCCUGGACCUUUCCACGUUGCCAAGGCCCCAGGGCCCAGACUGAGGGAAUAGCCUCGUGCCAGCCCCGCCCAGAGCUCGGACAGGCCCGGGAGAGAUGUGCAAACCCCUGAGAAGGACAGCACCCCUGCUUGGGAGAGGUUCCCAUGUCCAGGCUCUGGUGGGGACAGGGCACCUUGUUGGGUGGCCUUCCCCAAGCCCCUGAGAAUUGGGGUGUGAGUAGGAGUGGACUCAGAUUGGAGCUGCAAUAAAUCAGUAUCACAGGCCCCA